ACAAAUUCCAUAUUCCUCUGAAAGGAGGAUGAAUCCAAAACAGUAACGACAAGUCCAAACAAACAACCCCCCACACAUUGUCGACUAACGUACUCCUCCCCAAAACAAAGUCAUUCAAAACAAACCAUUAUCUCUUUUUAAUUGUCCAGCAGAUUGCUUUCUCUCUCUAGAACAGAAUCCUGGAGAAAAACCGGAAGAAACGUCUGAACAGAUUCACACGGAGAUAUGUCAGAGUGGAUUGUCUUGGGGCUUUUGAUGGGUUUUUGGUGAAUUGAAAAACCCAGCAAGGGAUUUGUGGUCUUUCUGCUGUUGGUUCCUAUCUUUUGGUUCCCAAUUUAUAUAUCCACCAAUGUUUCAAGAUGAUGGGUCUUCAUCUGUGACUUCAUCCCCUCUCCAACCCUUUCCCAUGAUGUCACUCUCACCUGGCUUCGGAUCACCGUACCCGUGGCUCAGAGAGCUCAAAUCCGAGGAACGAGGCCUAUAUCUGAUCCACCUCUUGCUUGCUUGUGCAAAUCAUGUAGCCUUGGGAAGCCUCGAAAAUGCGAAUGUUACCCUUGACCAAAUCUCCCAACUUGCCUCUCCCGAAGGAGAUACGAUGCAGCGUAUCGCAGCAUACUUCACUGAGGCACUUGCCGAACGGAUUCUCAAACAUUGGCCUGGUAUUUACAAGGCCCUCCAUGCUACUAGAAUUUCUUCGGUAUCAGAAGAAAUACUCGUUGGGAAGCUGUUUUUUGAAUUGUGUCCAUUUCUAAAGGUGGCUUUUGUGGUUGCAAACCAAGCUAUAGUUGAAGCCAUGGAAGGGGAAAAGAUGGUUCAUGUAAUUGACCUAAACGCCUCAGAACCUGCUCAGUGGCGUGCGCUUCUUCAGGACCUGGGUGCUCGGCCUGAGGGCCCGCCUCAUUUGAGAAUCACGGGGGUCCAUCAAAAGAAAGAGGUUUUGGAGCAAAUGGCUCAUAUUUUGACUGAAGAAGCCGAAAAGUUGGAUAUUCCGUUUCAAUUCAACCAAAUAGUUAGCAAGUUAGAGGAUAUUGAUGUUGAAAAACUUCGUGUCAAAACUGGGGAGGCUCUAGCGAUUAGCUCAGUUCUACAAUUGCACACCCUUUUGGCAAAUGACGAUGAACUCCUGAGAAAAAAAUCACCAUUGACAGCAAAGAAUGCAAAUGGAGUAGUUAACUUGCAAAAAACCCUCCAAAUGAACCAAGAAGCUUCUGGGAAAUUGCUUGACAAAGAAUUGGUUAAUGGGUAUAGUCCAGGUCAUGAUUCGGCUUCUUCAUCGCCUCUAUCUUUCAACUCUUCAGCACGGAUGGAUAGCUUCCUUAAUGCGUUGUGGGGGUUGUCUCCAAAAGUCAUGGUGAUAUCAGAGCAAGAUUCAAAUCACAACGGAUCAACACUCAUGGAGAGGCUCUCAGAAUCGUUGUACUUUUACGCCGCCUUGUUUGAUUGUUUGGAAUCUACUUUGCCUAGAAGUUCACCAGAGAGACUCAAGGUGGAGAAGAUGCUAUUUGGAGAGGAAAUUAAGAACAUUAUAGCGAGUGAGGGAAUGGAAAGGAAGAGCAGACAUGAAAAGCUUGAGAAGUGGAUUCAGCGGCUUGAUUUGGCUGGCUUUGGGAGCGUUCCGUUGAGCUAUUAUGGUAUGCUGCAAGCAAGGAGGUUGUUGCAAAGCUAUAGUUGCGAAGGGUACAUGAUCAAGGAAGAGAAUGGCCGUUUGAUGGUUUGCUGGCAAGAUCGAUCUCUUUUCUCAGUAUCAGCUUGGCGGUGUAGGAGGUAGACCUUUGAUCAUUUACCAUAUACCAUUUGCAUUUUUUUUCCCCCUGUUUGCUUUUAUUGUACGACAGAAUCUCGUUAGGUCUUGAAAUUGAUAGGGUCAGGUUGAUUUGUUCAUCGCUUGUGAGCUAACCUACAUCAUAUAGUGGUUUCUUUCCGUGGUUUUUGUUAGGAAAAUGAAGCUGUUUGUUCUCUAUGGUUAUAUCCUUUGUAACACUGCAUUAUUUUUUUGAUUCAAUGCAUUGUAUUUUUUCCA